AAUCAUAAAAAUGAGCUGCAAACUUUGCUUCUCAGGGCAGGAAAUGGAAUGCCCACCUAUAAGACGAAACAACUGAAAAACAACAAGUUUCGUUCUACUGUGAUCUUUAAUGGGUUGGACUUUGUUGGACAGCCUUGCAGUAGUAAGAAACUUGCAGAAAAGGAUGCAGCUGGUGAGGCUCUGUUGUGGUUGAAGGGUGGGGUACAUUCAUCUGCUAAUGAAAUUAGCCAUGUGUUGACGCAUCUAAAGACAAGCAAAUACAAAAAUCAAAACAAGACUCCAGUUCAUGGUGGUAAAUGGAGUUGAUAUAAUGGACUGAUGGAUGGAAUAGCAUAUUUAUUAUUCAAACAAGGAAUCGAAGGCUGAGUGGAGCUGAGCUGUGCUUUUCAGCGAGGAGGAAUGCAGCUUCUGGUCCUUCCUACAAUAUGUCAGGUGGAAUGGACCCAGAUCUUCCAGUUAAAGGGAUCAGUUAAGAGCGAAACUCAGGCUUGAUAAAUCUAUGGCCUCUUUUGGAAACCUUGUAUAUAGAAGCCAUGAAACCUAACAUGAUUAGAAGUCGAAGCUGAGUUUAUGAUACAGGAAAAUCCUUUUUGCAGUGGGUGCUGCAUGGCUGGAAGCAAAGAUCUCAUUAUUCUAAAUGCUUUGCUGCAUCAGGGGGUGUUUAGGAACAAAGUCAUUAUUCUUACUGAAGAACAGCUAAUCCUUACAGGAAAACUUGCACCAUAUUCAUCUGUCAAUAUUCCAUCAACCAUCAACAAACAUACAAAUUGUAGUAAGGGUCACUGAUAGAAGCCUUUGCCUCCAUUUUCGUCCAAUUAGUAGUCAGUAUUAUUGUACCGACUUUGAUGGAUGAUGAAUUUUUCAUCCAUUCAUAACCAUACCAUUAAUAUAUUACUCUUGAUACUUCCUUUUA